AGCCGCCGGUCAUGGAUUAUUCAGAUGAUGACAACAUCGAUAUGGGAUCAGGGGAGGAGGAGGAUCUUUACAGCGAUGGUGGUAACGAAUAUGCCGAUCACUACCCUCUUGAAGAAGCAAUUAUUCCAUCUGAGAAAAGUUACGUAGUUCUCAAGGAAGAAGACAUUCACAAGCAUCAAAGAGACGAUAUCGAACGAGUUUCCACGGCUCUCUCUCUAAGCCAAGUCGAAGCAACCGUUCUUCUUCUUCACUUUCAUUGGAGUGUUAGUAAGAUCGAAGAUGAAUGGUUUACGGACGAAGAUAGAAUCCGUAAAACAGUUGGAAUACUGAAGGAGCCUGUCGUUGACGUUAAUAGUAGAGAAGUGAAUAUCCAAUGUGGAAUUUGCUUUGAAUCCUACACUCGAGAUGAAAUUGCUACGGUUUCUUGUGGUCAUCCUUAUUGCAAGACUUGCUGGACUGGUUACAUCACUACAAAAAUCGAAGACGGUCCAGGAUGUUUAAGGGUUAAAUGUCCUGAGCCUUCUUGUUCCGCUGCGGUUGGUCAAGAUAUGAUCGAUAAGGUUAGUAAUAAAGAAGAUAAGGAGAAGUACUAUAGAUAUUUUCUUAGGUCUUAUGUGGAAGAAGUCGGGGAGAGAACUAAAUGGUGUCCAUCACCGGGAUGCGAAUGUGCGAUAGAUUUUAGUGUUGGGAGUGGAAGUGGAAGUAGUGGUUAUGAUAUUUAUUGUUUGUGUUCGCAUAGCUUUUGCUGGAAUUGUACUGAAGAUGCUCACAGUCCUGUGGCUUGUGACACGGUCUCAAAAUGGAUAUUCAAGAACCAGGAUGAGUCCGAGAACAAGAAUUGGAUGCUUGCGAAUUCAAAGCCUUGUCCUAAAUGCAAACGUCCUAUCGAGAAGAACGAUGGAUGUAACCAUAUGACAUGCUCAGAUCCAUGUAGACAUCAGUUUUGUUGGAUUUGUCUUGAACCACAUUAUGGUCACGGUGCUUGCAAUAGGUUCGUUGAGGAGAAGGCUAAAAGUAAGAGAACAUUGCUUCAGAAUGAAAUCAAAAGAUACACGCAUUAUUAUAUAAGAUGGGCAAACAAUCAAUCGUCGAGGCUAAAGGCUAUGAGUGAUCUGGAGAAGUUGCAAUCGGUGCAGCUUAAGCAGCUUAGUGAUAAACAAAGCAAACCAGAAACUGAUCUCCAAUUCACCUUAGAUGCAUGGAUUCAGAUCAUCGAAUGUAGGAGAGUCUUGAAAUGGACAUAUGCAUAUGGAUACUACCUUCAUGAUCUCGCCAAGCGACAAUUUUUCGAGUAUUUGCAAGGGGAGGCUGAAACAAGUUUAGAGAGGCUUCAUCAUUGUGCAGAGAAUGAGUUGAAACAGUUUAUCAAUAAAACUGAAGAUCCAUCCAAAACUUUCUCUGCUUUCCGGAUGAAAUUAACUAAUUUGACUAAUACGGUCAUGGAUUAUUCAGAUGAUGACAUAAUCGAUAUCUCAUCAGGAGAGGAGGAGGAGGAGGAUCUUUACAUCGAUGGUGGUAUAGAAUCCGAUGACUACCAUUUUGAAGACACAAUUAGUCGAUCUGAGAAAAGUUACGUAGUUCUCAAGGAAGAAGAUAUUCUCAAGCAUCAAAGAGACGAUAUCGAACGAGUUUCCACGGCUCUCUCUCUAAGCCACGUCGAAGCGACCAUUCUUCUUCUUCACUUUCAUUGGAGUGUUAGUAAGAUCGAAGAUGAAUGGUUUACGGACGAAGAGAAAAUCCGUAAAACCGUUGGAAUCCUCAAGGAGCCUGUCGUUGACGUUGAUUGUAGAGAAGUGAAUAUCCAAUGUGGAAUUUGCUUUGAAUCAUACACUCGAGAAGAAAUUGCAAGGCUUUCUUGUGGUCAUCCUUAUUGCAAUACUUGUUGGACUGGUUACAUCACUACAAAAAUCGAAGACGGUCCAGGAUGUUUAAGGGUUAAAUGUCCUGAGCCUUCUUGUUCCGCUGCGGUUGGUCAAGAUAUGAUCGAUGAGGUUACUAAGGAAAAGGAUAAGGAGAAAUAUCAUAGAUAUCUUCUUAGGUCUUAUGUCGAAGAAGGGAAGAAGAUUAAAUGGUGUCCAUCACCGGGAUGCGAAUAUGCUAUUGAAUUUGGUGGAAGUGGAAGUAGUAGUUACGAUGUUUCUUGUUUGUGUUCGUAUAGAUUUUGCUGGAAUUGCUGUGAAGACGCUCAUACUCCUGUGGAUUGUGAAACGGUGUCAAAGUGGAUACUAAAGAACAAGGAUGAGUCCGAGAACACGAAUUGGAUACUUGCAAAGACAAAGCCUUGUCCUAAAUGCAAGCGUCCUAUUGAGAAGAACAAUGGAUGUAACCAUAUGUCAUGCUCAGCUCCGUGUAGACAUUAUUUUUGUUGGGCUUGCCUUCAACCAUUGAGCGGUCACCAGGCUUGCAAUGCGUAUAAAGAAGACAAUGAGGUUGAAACUAAGAGAAAAAGGGCUAAAGAUGCGAUUGAUAGAUACACGCAUUAUUAUGAAAGAUGGGCAUUCAAUCAAUCGUCGAGGCUAAAGGCUCUAAGUGAUCUAGAGAAAUGGCAAUCGGUGCAGCUUAAGGAGCUUAGUGACAAUCAGAGCUCACCAGAAACUCAGCUUCGUUUCACAGUAGAUGCAUGGCUUCAGAUCAUUGAAUGUAGGAGGGUCUUGAAAUGGACCUAUGCAUAUGGAUACUACCUACUUGAUCAGGAGCGUGACAAGCGAGAAUUUUUUGAGUAUUUGCAAGGGGAGGCAGAAACUGGUUUGGAGAGACUUCAUCAUUGUGCAGAGGAGGAGUUGAAACAGUUUAUCGGUAAAACUGUAGACCCAUCAAAAAAUUUCGGUGAGCUCCGGGUAAAAUUAAUUGAUUUGACUGUAGUAACGAAAAAGUACUUCGAAAAUCUGGUGAAAGCUUUGGAUAAUGGUCUUGCUGAUGUUGCAUAUAAUGAGAAAAGCCAAUCAACACAAGAGCCUGAAUCUGAAUCUUUUACCAAAAGACAAAGGUCGGUGGCAAACGGUAGAAGAAGCUUCAAAAGAGGCCACAUUAACCCAAUGAUCCAACUCGCUAAACGCUUAUCCAAAAAGGGCCUCGCUAUCACAAUCAUCAUCGCCUCAAAAGACCACCGUGAACCUUACACCUCUGAAGACUAUUCCAUCACCGUCCACACCAUCCACGACGGUUUCUUUCCACAUGAACACCCUCACGCCAAGUUCGUUGAUCUUGACCGUUUCAACAACUCUACUUCUCGUAGCCUCACCGAUUUCAUCUCUAGUGCGAAGUUGUCGGACAAUCCUCCAAAAGCUCUGAUCUAUGAUCCAUUUAUGCCCUUUGCAUUGGACAUAGCCAAGGACUUGAAUCUAUACGUAGUGGCGUAUUUCACUCAACCAUGGUUGGCUAGCCUUGUUUACUACCAUAUCAACGAAGGCGCCUACGAUGUUCCCGUUGAUAGACACGAGAACCCAACGCUUGCAUCUUUUCCAGGUUUCCCAUUGUUAAGCCAAGAUGAUCUGCCUUCGUUCGCCUGCGAAAAAGGGUCGUACCCUCUUCUACACGACUUUGUGGUUAGGCAAUUCUCUAAUUUGUUGCAAGCUGAUUGCAUUCUCUGCAACACUUUUGAUCAACUUGAACCAAAGGUAGUGAAAUGGAUGAAUGAUCAGUGGCCGGUGAAGAACAUUGGACCGGUAGUUCCGUCGAAGUUCUUGGAUAACCGGUUGCCAAAAGACAAAGAUUACGAACUUGAGAACUCCAAGACAGAGCCAGAUGAGUCUGUUUUGAAGUGGUUGGGGAAUAGGCCUGCGAAGUCAGUAGUUUACGUGGCGUUCGGGACAUUGGUGUCUUUGAGCGAAAAACAGAUGAAGGAAACCGCAAUGGCGAUUAGACAAACCGGAUAUCACUUCUUGUGGUCCGUUAGAGAAUCCGAGAGAAGCAAACUACCGCCUGGUUUUAUCGAAGAGGCAGAGGAGAAGAACCAUGGACUUGUGGCUAAGUGGGUUCCUCAGCUAGAGGUUUUGGCACAUAAAUCAAUCGGGUGUUUCGUGUCACACUGUGGAUGGAACUCGACAUUGGAGGCACUGUGCUUAGGGGUUCCAAUGGUGGGAAUGCCUCAGUGGACGGAUCAGCCCACAAAUGCUAAGUUCAUAGAGGAUGUGUGGAAGAUUGGGGUUAGAGUGAGGACCGAUGGAGAAGGGCUUGCGAGUAAGGAAGAGAUUGCCAGAUGCGUUGUUGAGGUCAUGGAAGGAGAAAGAGGGAAAGAGAUGAGGAAGAAUGUUGAGAAGCUUAAGGUGUUGGCUCGUGAAGCUAUCUCUGAAGGAGGUAGUUCCGACAAGAACAUUGAUGAGUUUGUUGCUCUUUUGACUUAACAAUUUGAAUCUGAGAUGUCAUCAGCUUGUUAGUUGAUUACCUAAUAACGACUUCUUUGUCGGCUAAAUUCUGAGUUAUCCUGUUGGCUUCAUUGGUUGUGUCCCCUGCAAAAAACAAAUCCAUAAAUGAACUCUGCAUUA